CACGUCGCCUUCCGAGGUGGCUCUAUUGACAAAUGCGUUAGGCGGUGCGCCGCGGAUUUGAGGGCCCCCGCGAAUAGCGAGGGCCCACACCCUCAACCCUUCCCCCCACCCCACCCUCCUUUUCCCUCGGUGAACGCGGAUUCUGGGAGCUUCACCUCGGGGUGUUGAAACCCAAGAAACCGCGCCGGUCCGCUGUUGGUCACCAGUCGCCAGCCCGCGAAUCUCACUUCGCCGACAGAGGCUCCGAAUCGCGGGCCCGCAUGGCUCUCUUUAAAGCGGCGAAGCUGAGCGUUAAGCUGGGGUUGGCUGGAGGCGCCGUGUACGUUGCGAGCUCACAAGGCGUGUUUCGUGAUGGCGAGGAUGGGGAGGGAGCCCUCUCCCGCCUCGGGGACACAGUCAGCCCCGUGCUGAAUAAAUACUUGGGACCGUACGUGGGCCCUUACCUGCCAAAGGUUCCCAGUGGUGUGGGCGUCUGCGAAACAGUGAAAUCUGCCUGGAACUCAGGCGUUCACACCUCCAUAUUGGCGCUGUCGAAUCUGCCCCAGCGAUCGGGAGAGUGGGCGGGCCAGGGCUGGACCUACGUGCGUGACCUCGUCAAAUGACCGUCAGAGUGCGACCCACCUCAUCGCACCUCUCGCUCACAGUCAACAUCGUUGUUCUUUUUUUUUCGUUAUUAUCAGGCAAAGCUUUAUUUGGUUUUUGCACGACCUGCGGUUAUACAUCAACUGACAUGCGAUGGUGCCAAGACUGCGGCACGUGGCUGGGUGACCGGUUAGAUUUAAACUACGUGCGAGAGGUGCUAUGUUUCUGAAUGUUGGUGGAUAUUGUAACUGGGCCACUGCCUGGCGGUGGUCAUCACCAUGUAGGUUUUCACUUAACUACACAUACACAUUCGAAAGACCUUAAAAACAUAUCAGGAGACAGAGUGUGUCAUCAGUGGCGUGCCGUUACGUGGUUGGCAUGAGCUCUGGUGCAGGGAAUGAAAUUGGAUGCCCCCCCUCCCCGCUGCCAUUGUUACAUUUUGCUCCUCCCACUCCCAUUGUAUCCCCGUGCCUGGGCAAGUCUGGCUAAGUUGGCUCUAACGCAGUUGCCCUGCCUGCACACCCGAUAGCUACGCCCAUGUGCAUGACAUUGAUCGCCACAUUUUUAUCCAUUCUUAGUGUUAAUUCAUGAUGCUCGGGUAUCCGUACACACACGUGGGUGCGCAGGUUGCGUUCGGAUUCCCAAAUGAAAAGUAAUGAAAUCGAGGCUGAUACGAGUUGGCAACCUUCCCGCAAGAGGUGCAAUCGGCAGGUGCAAUCGAAGAGGGCACGAUUUCUACGUCGUUGCAUAAGUCUGCGCCAUCUUCGCUUGCCUGCUGUGACCACACCUGCCCAGGGGGAACAAUUCAGACCCAACGUGAGACCGUCUUCUAUGCACCACCCAUCCCCUACCACCCUGUUCUCCUACCACGCACACCACACAGCGACCGUUGCCGUCCACGUUUGCGUCUGGAGAGAAGAAGCCUACGCUGUUUAUAAUGAUAAUAGAUUUUUAUUUUUAAAAGCGCAUCAAAUGGGCGCAAAACUAUCAGGCUCGUGUGACGGGUUCCCGUUUUGCGUCGAGCACGUGGGAGUGUGCGAAACAAUACUUGCACUGCCAUCCGAGUGGGGAGCACUCGCGAUUCCGGAGAAGUGACUGCGCAGUUGGCCGUGGCGUAUCGACGCUACCAGUUGGCAAAGCAAUUCCAACGCUUCCCGUUUAAUCUUUAACAGAUGCUCUUCAUUGACCGUAGGACAUCGCCAACACUUUCUGUAAAUGAUGAGAAGAUCAUCCAGCAGAAAAGUGUGUGCAGGCUGGAUACAAUGAGCAAUAUUACAUGCAUACGGUGAUUGUUAUCAUAGGCUGUCUUUCCAUCUUGCCUUGCAUGAGACAUGGCAUGACCACACUGCGUGUAUAAUGCACACGGCCUUGUUUAAAACCACCGAAUUACAUUACUUUUGGCCGCAGUAGGACAAUGAGACAACUCUAUACUGGUUUCAUCAAUGUUAGGAUUAAUCACUACAGUAUAGCCAUGGUUGUCCUUGGUGUUUUAUUUUUUGGAUUGGUGGCAUUGUUGGAAAUCGCAUUUGGGACGUUGCAUACGGCCUCUGAAUAAACUCUUAGGAUGACACUGUCUCUUGUGUGUAGCUGGGUGGAUGACUAACAAUAUAAAAGGCUGUGUGGUCCUGAUUAGUUUAGCCACGGAUUGGCUUCUGGUGACAAGCGAUGGAUUGCUUAGAUGUGUACGUAGAGUUCACGGUGGUUCGCGACUAAUGUGGGCGAUGGUCCGGUUGGAUUUUCCACAAUCGAAUGCUGUUCUUUCUUUGGAUUUGUACCGAAUGUCAUGGGGUGGAUCUGCAGUGAGACGCGAGGAUUCAAUAUAACACGGGCCGGCGUUUUUUUUUUUGAAGGUUAGAUUACAUCCCUUAGGUUUUUCAGUGGGAUCGGCGAUCGGAUGCUCCCUCUGAGAUGUCGGUGUUCGCCAAAAUCUCUUGCCAUUUCUCCCAGGGUGCAGAAGCCGAAAUGUGUAAGAGGGUUAUCUGCCUUUGCUCAAGAACGACUUGCUCCAUUUCAGGUGGGGAUUGGGCGGGUCCUGUAGUCUUCAUGGAUGGGUUGGCCCCUUGAUGAGUCUGCAUUCACGAUUGGCUCGCGCAGUGAGAGUCGUAUAUUCUUGGGUCUUUCGGUAAAGUCACGUGGAUGGGUUCAAAGAAAAUAACAAAAAUAAUAAAAGAACACAAAAAAACUACGACGUUUCGAUCGCAACACAAAGCGGUCGUCUUCAGGAAAAGGGGGCUUCGCUUCCGAGGCAAAUUGUUUAGAAGGGUUUGAAAUGGGCGUAGCUCAAAUGUCAGCAGCCAAUAAUAAUGUAAGUGGUGGGCAGCCAACCCCACAGUGGUUGGUUUUCCACCAAUCAAAGGGCUGCCAGAAAGUUAGCAUGUUAAUGAGAGAUUAGCAUGUUAAUGGGAGAUUAGCAUGUUAAAGAGAGAUUAGCAUGUUAAUGAGGGAUCGCAGAGCCACAACCAAGAGGUAAGCGCGCGAAGUGGCUGUGUGAGUGUGAACCCUGUGAAAGCGCAAGUUUGAAAUGGGCGUAAAGCACAACUCACAUCUGAUGGUGGUAGGCUGGAAAUAUCAUAGCCAGCUAUGACUUAAACUGGUUGAUAACGUCCUUCAAAUGAUUGCUCAGUUUGUACCCAUCUUCUCGGUUGAAAUUGUGUCUGUAUUCAAACAAUGAUCAGCCACGGCCAAGGUAUUGGUCCUUCCGUGUUUCAGAUUUGACAUUUGGGCUACGCCCAUUUCAAACCCUUAUAAACAAUUUGCCUUGGAAGUUAACCCCCCUUUUCAUGAAGACGACCGCUUGUGUUGCGAUCGAAACGUCGCAGUUUUUUAAUUAGUUUUAUUUUCUUUGAACCUAUCUACGUGACUUUACCGAAAGACCCAAGAAUAUGAAUUCCUGCAGUCACGAAAGCUUUAUAAACCACAGAUACGCGGAAUCUGCUUCACAGCGGACUUUCAAGAUCAGGUGAUGUUAUUCUAAAGAACAAAAAAGCGUAGGGAUUGUGCGCUGCCAUCGCGGUCGAAAUCUGCCAAGUUCGAAAACUCGACUCGCAAAUGACUCAAGUUGGUAAAAGCCACAUCGGCAUCGUCGCGUCCCGCUGGCAGACCGAGUGGCCGCUUGCACAGCUGGUGGUGUGCCGCGUUCUCCUUGCGAUGCCACCGGGACAGCUGCCGCUGGAGGUUGACCUUGGCGAGACUACUGCAAGGGCACCUCGAGAUGUUCUGCAUUGGAGUCACGGUAUAAAUAUUCAGCGUUGAUGGUGACGCUGACGAAUUUACACGUCACUUUUUGGUAUUUCAUAGCUGCAUGAAAGAAAUGUGCCUUGAGUGUUGCUUUUAAACCAAUGGCUGUCUUUGUACAUUGUGCCCGAGGGACUAUUGGGAACACUUGACGAUCUUCAGUUCGACAAAGGAGCCUUUGUCAAAGAAAUUGUAAAAAAAAAAUUUAAGCACUUUCCACCGAUAUAAACGCUCUCUUUGUUUAAUGAGCCGGGUUCGUCAAAUUGGAAUGGCUCCAACGUGCCACCUGGAUUAUUUCCUCGGUUGAUUUGUCCCGAUGGAACCUUUUCCAGAAUUCGUUAAGCCCUAUUUUUGUUUUUAAAGUAUUGCGUAAAGCAGUGGUUCUUAACCUUUACUGCGGCCCUUGCACCCCUUGCAUUCUCAAUCGUUAAAACAACCUCAGUUUAACACGUAGGCUUUUAUGAAAAAACAACCUCAAUAAAAAAAGACCUAAAUACAUAGGUUUGAUGAAACACAGUAGUUGUACUUACGUGCCCGAGCUCAAUUUGUGUUUAGAUUAUUUACCUUCGACAAAAAAAAACUGGCCACGUCUCGCAUUCUCCAGAAUAGGGCAUCACGCACUCUCACAUGGGGUGCGUGUACCCCAGGUUAAGAACCACUGACGUAAAGCAGUGAAUCGUCGAGACCACAAUGAUCUAUAUACACUUCUGGAUGAAGGCCUCCCCCAAACCGUCACGGUAUGUCACAGUCUUGUGAUGCAGCGAUCGCUCAAACACCCGCGUACAAACUCAAUUGAUAGCUCCCGUCUCCGCUGUGGAGGUCUCCUUGGUGACGAUCCCCCCUUUAGGCUGCCACUCUGUCGUUAGUCUCGGCCACCGGCCAUCGUCCGCUUCCAGUCGUGGCUUUCUAAUAUCGGAAGGAAGAGCGUUCCAGACGGCCGCAGAAGCGCAUCCGAAAGCACGCGAUGCGAUGGCAAGCAGGAUUCAUGACGUCUCCAACUUGCAUUCACGUUCUCUAAACUAUGUGUUCCUCUUUCUGCCGCACAGUAUAAUUACAAACAUUAACAUCGACACGCUUUGUCCUUGUUAGUUUGGUUUAAGUUACGCUGCUUUAGAUAGUCUACAUUGAUAUUCUUAGUUCUUUCGGUAAAGUCACGUUGAAGGGAAACAACAAAAUAAUAAAAUAUAUAUAAAACAAUAAAAAUUCUCACGACUUUACCGAAAGAACUAAGAAUAUGAAUUACUGCAGUCACGAAAGCUUUAAAUCAAAAUUUAGAGUCUACAUUGGUUUAGACUACUGGUUUAUAUGAUUGACACUGCGUUUUUAGUAGGUUAGUGCUGACUGGUCACGAGUUAAUAUCCUAUGCCUGAUACAAUUUGUUAAAUUAAGCCGUAAUAUUGUACACUGGUUCCGAUGCGUCUCUCUGGUGCGUCUGUCGGUGUGCCUCUGCAUGUGUCUGUAAGGGUGUAUUGUUGUGUCUCUAAGGCUGUUCAUCUAUGUCUCUCCGUCCAUCUCGAUGUGUCUCUCUAAGCACACCUUGUCUGCCUCUGUAUGUCUCUCCGUCUCCCCGUAUUUAUCUCUCUCUCCAUCUUCGUCUUUACGUGGAUGACUCCUUCGUGAUGUCUGCGUCUAUUACUCCUGUUUCUCCCUGUUCAUCUCUGUCCGUCUUUCUCCACCAUCUGUCUUUCUCCCUGUGUCCACGUUGCCUCCACUCUGUCUCUCGAAUUUGCGUGUCGUCCUUGCGCAGGGGGCCAUGCUAAUCUUCUCUGUAUCGUUCCAAUUUUAGUUUAUGUACUGCCGGAGCAAGUACUGUCUCUCUCUGUGCGUGCGUGUGUGUGGCUACCGCUCUCAUUGUGUCCGCACGUGCGCCUACCUCUCUCUCUCUCGACAGCUAUUCAGACGCCUCUGAAUAUCGAUGUACAAAUGGACAGGCGAUGUGGAUGGUUGGGUGGGUGGAUGGACUGCGAGUAGACGGACGGACAGUCGUUGUCUCUCGCUGCUCAAGUGAGUUUGGCUCCGAGCCCGGCUCGCUCGCUCCUCUCCACAAGCCGUGAAACCCAAGCAAGGCAGAAAGGAGGAGGGAGGGGUGGUGGUGGUGUGUGUGGGGUGCCCGACAACCCAAGCUUCCGCAACUGCUCCGCUAAUCAUCCAUGCGACACCAGGCAACGGUAGCCAGGGUGACAAUUGAUUGCAGACCGUCGGGAGCAGUUGAACCAACAAAUAGUUUGCCAGCAAAAAACUCUUACACCCCCCCCCCCGCCUCUUCGUAUGCAAGGCUCUGUGGGGAGCGGUAGCGGCGGCGGCGGUGAUGGUGGUGGUGGUGGCAGCUAUCUUUGCGUGUUUUUCUUGUUAAAAAAUAGAAAUUGAACGCAAGGCAGCGGUUUAAGUUUUAACAACAACAACAUCAGCAACAGCAAAAGAACACGACAAAAAAAAGUCGGAGUCAAAAAUCGAGAGACCGAGACUCGAGAGGCAUGGAAACAACGGAGAAGGAUCGCCCCUUGAUUUACGCAAAGUUCAGAGGGCCGGGGCCUGCCAAGUACAAGCUGCCACCUACGCUGGGCCACGGCGGGCACGACGUCUCGAAGCGCGCCAGCCCGGCCUACACCAUGUCCGCCCGCUACGACGACCCAAGGUUCCCGAUGGCCAAGACUCCCGGACCAAAGUACUACUCCCCGAGCCUCACCCGGCACGGCCUGGAGGGGUCGCCGGUCUACUCGAUACAGGGCCGCCACCGCGAACGCACGCUGGCGUUCCGCACGCCGGGCCCGGGUGCGUACGCGAGCGAGCGUCUCUUCCCGCCGAGCGAGGCGCGCGCUCCCGCCUACUCGCUCGCCGAGCGCACCGCGUCGCGGAGCGUGGACCUUGUACCGGCGCCCAACGCCUACAGCCUGCCGAGCACGCUGGGCUCCCACCUGCCGCACCGCCGCUCGGCGCCCAGCUUCUCGGUGUCGGCCCGCCGCCCCGUUGGGGGCCACGCCGAGGACCUGGCCCGGACGCCGGGCCCGGCACGCUACGACGCCGCCCACGCCUCGGACCUGCGGCCGCACCGGGCGCCGGCGUGGUCGCUGCAGAGCCGCAGCCGCCUCCCCGGCGACAACACGCAAAAGCCGGGCCCCGGGGCGCACCGGCCCGAGACGUGCGUGUCGGUGACGACGCGCCGCGCUCCGACGUUCCGCAUGGGGGUCCGGCACUCGGACUACGUCAUGCCGCUCAUUUGCUGACGACGCGGUGGCGGUGGCGGCGGCGGCGACGGCGGCGGUUCACGCGUGCUGCCGCCGGUGCUGAAGCGGAGAGAGCGAAUGCUCUUUGGUUCUUUCGGUAAAAGUCACGCGGGUGGAAAUGAAAUGAGUCACGACGUUUCGAGCGCACCACAGGCGCCCGUCUUCAGGUGAAAAUCGCGACAGCUGAGACGUCUGCUGUGAGCAGCAACGAUGUCUGCUCACUACCCACGUGACUUUACCGAAAUAAAUUUCGAUUUAAAGCUUUCGUGACUGCAAGGAUUCAUCUUCUUUGGUUCUUUCGGUAAAGUCACGUAGAAGGAG